GAGCGACAAGUGGUCACGAUCUGUGAAAUUCUUUGAAUGCGGGGUUAUGCUGGCUGUCAACACUUCACAUAGUAAACAUCAGUCAGCCAGCUGAUACACCGGGACUCGGAAGUUUGCGAGUGUAUACCAUGUGGCUGUGUGUGUGAGUGAGUGUGUGUGAGAGAGAGAGAGACUUUUCACCUGCGGCUCGUUAAAACACAUUUUAUCUUUUAAAAACAGGAAUAUGCGCUUGUAUAUUCUUGCCCACAGCACUUAUAAACGAUAGCACUUAUGUACUUAAGGUAUCCUUGAUAAGUAGCAGCUACGGUGUGAGCCCAGCCACGGUUGUUUCCAUUUUCCUUUCUUACUUUAUCGACGGUGACAUGUCGUGAUUUCUUUCUUGCGACACAUGUACUCAUUGUAAGUCUUUGGACAAAAGCGAAAAGGGCACACAGACGUCUGUAUAGCCACCACAUACCGUAGUUAAACAGAUGCUCAAAAUUCCAGGAUGACUCAGAUAAGCCACCAGCGUUGGGGGGAGGGGUUCGCCCAGGGCAGUGUGGACCUGUGGGUGCUGCAGUCCUCCCAGGUGCGGGUGGAGGUGCUCACCCUGGGUGCCAUCAUCAGGUCUGUGCAAAGCAGAGGGAAGGAUGGUCAAAUGGAGGACAUAGUCCUGGGCUACGAUGACCUGGAAGCUUAUGUGUCAGAUAAGCGUUACCUGGGAGCCACGGUGGGUCGUGUGGCCAACAGGAUUGCUAAGGGACACUUUGUAGUGGAAGGAAAAGACUACCAACUAGAUGUCAAUAAUGGACCUAAUGCACUGCAUGGGGGGCUGCAUGGCUUCAAUAAGGCUAUCUGGUUUGCUACAGCACUGGAAAAUGGUGUACAGCUGCAAAUGACAAGUCCAGAUGGAGACCAGGGGUAUCCUGGGGAGGUUCAGGUCUCUGUCUCCUAUAAGCUAGAGGGGGACACACUUACUGCUGAAUACCAAGCCCGGUCAACCAAAACUACCCCCGUCAACCUCACCAACCACUCCUACUUUAACCUCGCUGGACAGGGUGCAGCAGAUAUCUAUGACCACGAAGUGUCCAUCAGUGCUCAGUCCUACCUGCCUGUGGAUGACACAUCCAUUCCUACAGGAGAGAUCAGAGGAGUGGAAGGCACGCCUUUUGACCUCAGAAAGCCUGUUCUGAUUGGCCCUCGGCUGCAGGAAGUUCCUGGUUUGGGGUUUGACCACAACUUCUGUUUGUCAUCACCCGGAGAAGCCUGGGCAGAGAGGCACGCUGCAAGAGUGUAUCACCCAGCCAGUGGGCGUGUCCUGGAGGUCUCUACAAGCCAACCAGGAGUCCAGUUCUACACUGCCAACUUCCUGGAUGGCUCAAUAACAGGAAAGGGCGGGGCUAGAUACAUGCAGCACUGCUCCUUUUGUCUGGAGACACAAAACUGGCCUGAUGCUGUGAACCAGCCUUCAUUCCCUGACUGUCUUCUGCAUCCUGGUGAGGACUACCGACAUGUCACUCGAUUUACCUUCACUACUGUCUGAUGCAAUUUCAGCCAACAGGAGGACGAAAUGAAGAAAGCUGGAAACUUUGAAGUCACAUUGGUCCACAGCACAGUCGUGUACAUGCUGUUCAUCUUCAUCAGCCACUGCAUGGAGCAGUUUAAAGCAUUGCCUUUAAUUUCCUGAAUGUGUAAAUGUGUAAUUUGUGUAGAUUUUUUAAUGUGAAGAACUUUGUUAUUCCAGUUCUGGGAAUUUAUGUGCAGGCAGAAUUAUUACAGCCUGUAUAUGUAAGGUGAGGGGUCGUGACAUGAAACUCAAGGUCCAACCCGACCAAACACUGCUAAUUAUAAUGUGAUUUAUGAUCAUGUGUAAAUUCAUUCUUACAUCAAACAAAAAAGUAAUAAAGAGCGUGUGCUCCCCCGCUUGUUA